AUGAAUGCUGAAGUCGUUGUGGAAGAUCCCCAUAUCGACGCAGAAGCAGAACCAGAAGAACAGGAAAUAUCUGUUUGUGCGCGUUUGGUUCUCACAAAUGAACAGAAAAAUGACCUACAUGAAGCAUUCAAUCUUUUGGAUUACAAUGGGGAAGGGAAAAUCAAAGCAGAAGAUUUUCGCGUUGCUAUCAAAGCUCUAGGCUAUGAACCCACAAAGGAAGAGCUUCAGAAAAUGAUUAACGGCGUCGAUAAAGGAUUAACUGGGAAACUAAGCUUUGAAAACUUUGAGACCGCUAUAAUGCGAAAAAUUAUGUCUUUAGACAAUGAUGGCGAUAUUAUGAAGAGCUUUAGACUCUUUGAUAUGGACGAUUGUGGGUUUAUUAGCUUUGAAAAUUUAAAAGAAGUAACUAAAAUUCUGGGAAUCCAUUUAUCUGAUGAAGAAAUAGAGGAAAUGAUUGAUGAUGCUGAUAAGGACUUUGAUGGCUUUAUUUCUGUGCAGGAGUUCAUGAGGAUGAUAAAGAAUUCUGUGGAUAUUGUGACACCUUAA